CGUCAGCUGAUUGUUUCCUUUCUUUGUAAACAUUGGGAAGGUUAGAAACUUCCUUAAAUAAUAAAUAGUAAAUUUUUUGACUUAAUAUAUAGUAAAAUGUCGCAAUUUAUUAUUUUACGUCACUUUGUGAAUAGAAAGUCAUAUUUAGCAACAACAUUAAAAAAUCAGUGGUGUCGUAUGAUUGUAAGCACUACGACGCCGCUUCAUCAAAUGAGCAAAGAGGACCCAAACAACACUCGUUCUCUACAGGAGUCCAGUGGUCGGACAGAUGUAUCAACAGAUGUAAGACCGCUCGGCGAAAAGAUUAAAGAGAACACAAAAACUGCCAGCUACACAGCAAUAAUACUCGCCGGUAUUGGGGUGACCGGCAUAAUGUUUUACGCAAUAUUCCGAGAAUUAUUUUCUAGCUGCAGUCCGAAUAAUAUUUACUCAGACGCCUUGGAGCUCGUGAAAGAGGAUCCAAGGAUACAAGAUGCUUUGGGCGCUCCAAUUAAAGGAUAUGGUGAGGAAUCGCGUCGUGGACGCCGUCAACGUGUUGCACAUUCGACAUUCGAGCGAAAUGGCGUAUUACAUGUUCGCAUGCAGUUUUAUGUUCAAGGUAUACGAAAUAGAGGCACGGUUCAUUUGGAGUCACGUCAGGCGUCAUCAGGAAAAAUGGAAUAUCGAUACUUAUUCGUGCAACUUGAUUAUUAUCCCCACACAACUAUUAUUAUUGAAGAUAAUCGCGCCUAUGAUCCAAACCCUCAGAAACUCAAUACUCCUCUGGAAGCUGGAAGUCUAGAUUUUACCUCAUUUGAAAAGAAAUGAUGGCGCAAAUACGAAGAACUUGUAAAAAUAACUUCAUCAAGCGUGAACACACAAAGCUUGGAAAGAAAGACGAAAAGAGAACAAACAGAUUUUAAUCUGUGCAAACGUAGAUCGUUUUUGUAUAAAAUAGGAUGAAAGUAAUAUUGCUGCAAUUAUAUAAAGUUUUAUAACAUUAACAAUUCUUCAUAUGU